AAAUAACGUGACUCGCAUGUAUAGCUGGCUUCUCAGGCAAAUUUCUCUAUUUAAUCUUCUAUUCUACCCAAAUUAUUUUCUCUCACAUCCAAAAUUAGAAUUUGAAGAUGGCAAAAAAAGUUGAGAUGCUUUCUUCAUCUCUUGUUAGCGGCACUGCUACUGCUUCAAUUUCAAGAUUGGAGCUUAAUCCAUGGGAUUUACGAUUCCUCCCAGUCAUCCCCAUUCAAACAGGCCUCAUAUUCCACAGCCCUCACUUUCAAUCCCAACAAAACCUAAUCCAACACCUCAAAAACUCCCUCUCACGCGCUCUCGACUUCUUCCCUCCCCUCGCCGGCCGCCUCGUCGCCACCCCGCACGGCGGCGACAUGGCGAGCUUCUUCGUGGCCUGCAACAACGCAGGAGCCGAGUUCACCCAUGCAGUCGCCGCCGCCGUCUCCGUCUCCGACAUCGUCGAGCCGAGGUAUAUACCGGAAAUCGUGUCUUCCUUGUUCCCGAUCAACGUCGGCGUCACUAAUUACCAAGGAAUUUCAAAGCCUCUGUUGGCUGUGCAAGUGACGGAGCUCGCCGACGGCGUCUUCAUCGGCUGCAUCGCCAAUCACGCCGUCGCCGACGGAACUUCCUUCUGGCAUUUCUUCAAAUCCUGGUCGGAGAUCUCCCGCGGAUCGGAAUCAAUUUCGAAAUCCCCAAUUUUCGACCGCCGCAGCGCCGCCGCCGGCGUUGAUGAUAACAGGCUCAUCCAUAUCCCUACAUUAGAGGAAAACCUAAUGGCUCCAUCUCAAUUGCCGCCGCAGCUGAAGGUAUUCCACUUCAGCAAAGAAAAAUUAGGUGAAUUGAAGGCUAAAGCCAAUUCCGAAGCCGGCACCGACAAAAUAUCUACUCUGCAAGCACUCACGGCUCAUCUAUGGCGGAGCGUAGUACGCUCUCAAAUCAAUAAUAACGAUCCAACCACUCGCGUUUUGAUAAUCGCGAUCGGCGCAAGAGCGAGGGUGUCGUCUUUGCCGGAUGGAUAUUUUGGGAACGCGCUUUGUUUUCCUGCGUUGGCGAUCGGCGAGGAUGAGCUAUUGCAGAAAGGAUUGGGCGCCACCGCGCUGAGGAUCAAUGAGGUGAUUUCCGAGCAAACUGAUGAGGCGAUCGCGCGCGAGGCGGAGAAGAAGGUGCAAACUGGGAGAGCGUGGGUGGACGUGGGGGGUGGGCCCCCUCUUCUCGUCGGAGGUUCUCACCGGCUAGAUGUGUACGGCUGUGAUUUUGGGUGGGGGAAACCGAUUGCUGUGAGGAGUAACAAUGAUCGGAAAGUUGAGGGGUUGGUGGCGGCUUUUCCGGCAGCGGAUGCCGACGGUAUCGACCUCGAAGUUUACUUCAAGGAGGAGAUGCUACAGACAAUGGAGGAGUUCUUAACUGUGCUCCCUCAAUAAGGUGGAACAGAUCAAUUGAUCAGAUCUUCUAUCCUAACGUGACAUCUUAUUUUAAAUUCGUAAAUGAUGCAUGAUUGAUAUGUGGUAAUAAUUAUUGAUGAAUUUUGAAUCUUUAGAACUACUAUAACAUGUUAUUCAUUUGUAUAUACAAUAGACUAUGUCACCUUAGAAUGCAAUAGAAGAUCUAAAAUGGGAAGAGAUUCCCAUUUUAGACUGUCACGGGCUUAAUCGUCAAUCUAUCUUGAUUUUAAGUAUUUUAUCAA